CGUGACGAAAACUCUCUCGGCAUUUAUUACGCCCACUAAAACUUCCGUGUUUAAACGAGUUUGGACCAAGUUUAAUUCUUAACCGUCGCUGCAAACUUUAUUUUGGUUUUGACCUCCAAUUUAAACCUGAGCUUAAUUCCGCACGACCGAACACUAUCGCAGGCGUUGUGCUGAGUCAGGGAAAUCAGAUCCAAAGAGCGUGCAACAAGUAGAACAAGUUGUUCUCCAACGAUCCAGGCAGCAAAUAUGGAGUUGGUGCAAAACGUCAUCAACCAGAGUCAGGGUAGGGAUCGUCUUUUCAGAGCCACCCAAUACGCAUGUGCCUUGUGUGCGUACGCUCUUCGAAAUGACAACCGGCGCAAGGAUCUUGUGAGCAAACUUGAACGUUUGGAGGCAAACAUGAGUGCUGGACGAAAGCUGUUCAGGCUGGGGAACACAAUAAACGCCAUUGAGUCGGCCAAGCGCAACUCACGCCUCUCGGACCCAGCGCUUUGCCUUUGCCUGGCGGUGGCCGAUGUGGGCCGAGCUCUCUACUUCAUCUGCGAUAACACGCUGUGGGCCGCCGGCGUGGGCCUCCUGGCCGGUAUCGACAAGGAGCGUUGGAGCGCGGCCGCCUCGCGAUGCUACCUCCUCUCGCUCGUCAUGAGCCUGAGCCGAGACGUUUACGUCAUCUCUCGCUUCGUGGCGGAGAAAACCAGGGAGAAGCACUUCAGGCGGAAAAUGAUUUCACAUCUGAAGCAGAAUCCCGACGUGGCCGAGGUGACAGUCCCUCAGUUGGACGCUUUGGUCUUCCUGCUGCUGCACUGCUUCAAAUCCCAGCCGGCCGUUCUUUUGGACACUGUCAAGAACGUUUGUGAUUUGUCUAUCCCGCUGGACAAGUUGGGCAUUUACCGCUCCAACGCGGGUGCCGUCGCCUUUUGCGGCCUGCUGUCGUCGCUCAUCGGAAUCGUAACCCUCGUGCGGCCCGAUUUGAAAAUCAAAGCUUGAUGUGUUCCUUUCCUGGCUCGGACAAGGAGGAUUUUUAAGAUUGGAAGCUUUGAAAGGCCCAAUUUGAUAAUUGUUCAUUGAACUUUAAUUCUCAAUUUAAUUUUUUGAAUGGGCAGCACAAUAGAUUGAAUAUGAUGACUCAGCAAAAAAAAUGUGAGGUGAUUUUUUUUUUUCACGUAUGAGGGGGAUGAACCGACAUUGACUAUAGCGGCUUGAACUCGAUUAUUCGCCAAGUUUGAUAUUAACGGUCGAGAUGACAUAAGUUGGCAGUCGGCGUUAAGUAGUACGGAAAAAAAAAACAGUUUUCAACCCCCAGUAAAUAGUCUGUAGGCUCGCAUUUAAAAACACAGGUCUCUAAAUGUCACACUGUUCCACUGAAAAUAGCUUUAUUUUCUUUUUUUUGUGGGGGUGGGGCUGAGACAAGAAUACAUUUGUUUUCCUGAAAGCUUUUUCUUCCAAAGCCAGUAUUUGCAUAACACAUCGGAAUUGCAAAAAAUAUAUUCCAUUUCCCUUGGCCCACACUUGCAGGUUCUAUUGUAGAAAAGAAAAGAAAUAAUUUGCAAAGAGGAAUAAUCCCAACACGGAGAAAUAAAUAAGACAUUUUUUCCUCCCCGGCCGAUGGCUUGCCUGCCGGGAUUUCUUUCAUUUCACAUUUGGUUGCGUCACGUAGAGAAAAAUGAGGGCUCGUCGCUCGCGCUAGUUGCCGUGUAACAUUUUUAAUAUGACCAAUGGCUCCCUUGUGCCAAAACAUAUGCUGGUGUUCUGGAGGCCCACGUGGGGUCAAGCUCGGGCGUUAAUUGUUAACCGGCCCACUAAGACGUUUUUGCCACGAAGGACGAGAAAAAUGAACUUGCAACACAAAAGCACUUUAAUGGUGCAGAACCUUUUUUUUUUUAUGUCCCUGGGGACAAACAAAGGCACCUUCAGUAUUUUGCUGCUUACAAAAACGGCUACAAUCGAUCGGGAUGAUGAGCGAGCGCAUAGUCAUCUCGCAAUGACACUUGUUGGCUUUUCCUUGACUCACUUAAUUUUUUUCCCAGUUUGCUUUAGCAUCAAGAAAUACGUUGGCACCCUUCUGUUUGGAAUGAAAAGAAUAUUCUGUGCAAUCGUAAUAAAUAUUGUCCUCUGACCUGA